AUGACUGCUGUUCGCCUUCUCCCUUCUCAACUCCUUUCUCUCUUCCUGAUUCUGUUUCUGUCACCUGUUUCUAUUUCCCUAAAAGAUGAUGAAGCUCUUUUUGGUUUCAAAGAUUCAUUAAGAAACACUGCAGCUAUAGAUUCUUCAUGGAUAAAAGGCACAUCACCCUGUGCCGCAGGUAAGACAUGGAAAGGCGUUGUGUGUCAUGAAGAAACCGUCCAAACCCUCAGACUCCAGGGUAUUGGUCUCUCUGGAGAUAUUGAUGUUGAAUAUUUAUCUAAGCUCGAGAACCUUAGAAGCCUCACACUCGCCUAUAAUAAUUUCUCAGGCCAAAUACCACCUUUCAACAAGCUAGGUGGUUUGAGGGCUCUCUUUCUUCAAGGCAAUCAAUUUUCAGGUGAAAUUCCAUCAGAUUUCUUUUCACAAAUGGGGUCCUUAAGGAAAGUUUGGCUUGCAGAAAACAAGUUUUCAGGAAAUAUCCCGGCAUCAUUAGGCCAAUUACAGAAUCUCGCUGAGCUGAACUUGGAAAGGAAUGAAUUUUCAGGUCCUGUUCCAUUAAUAGACCAGAAUUCUCUAUCAAACCUUAGCAUAGCAAAUAAUAAAUUAGAGGGUGAAAUCCCUCAAAGCAUGUCAAGAUUCGGUGCAAAGUCUUUUGAGGGAAAUCCUGGGGUUUGUGGGACUGUUUUGCAAAAGGACUGCAACCAAACCCCACCGGAUGAUGAAAUGUCUCCAAGUGGUACUGACGAUGAUUCUGAAGGAUCAGGCACAAAAUGGGUGAUUUUGGGGGUUGUGGUCGCCCUCCUGUUGAUGACUAUUUUUUUCAAGGCCAAGCAGAAGGAGGAUCACUUCGAUGUGCUGGCGAAAGAAAAUAUUGAUGACAUAGUGGAAGUGCGCAUUCCCAGUUCAAACAGGAGGAGCACAAGCUCCAGAAGGGGAAAUGAUUCAUUCCACUCGAGGAAAAGCUCCCAUCAUGGGAAGUCUGUUGGUGAUCUUGUGGUGGUUAAUGAUGCAAAAGGUACAUUUGGUUUGCAAGACUUGAUGAAGGCAGCUGCAGAGGUACUUGGAAAUGGGGGAUUAGGGUCAGCCUACAAGGCGUUAAUGGGAAAUGGGGUGUCUGUCGUGGUAAAGAGGAUGAGAGAGAUGAACAAGUUGAGCAAGGAUGCCUUUGAUUCUGAGAUCAGACGGCUUGGCAACUUGAGGCACCAGAAUAUUUUAACACCAUUGGCCUACCAUUACAGAAAGGAUGAGAAGCUUUUGGUGUCUGAAUUCAUUCCCAAAGGCAGCUUAUUGUAUCUCUUGCAUGGUGAUCGCGGCACUUCUCAUGCUGAACUGAAUUGGCCUAUUCGCUUGAAAAUCGUCCAGGGAGUUGCGCAAGGAUUGGGAUUUCUCCAUUCUGAAUUUGCCUCCUACGAGCUGCCUCACGGGAACCUCAAGUCUUCCAACAUUCUGCUUUCUUCGAGUUACGACCCACUCCUCACAGACUACGCUUUCUUUCCACUAAUUAGCAACACGCAGACUGCACAAUCGUUGUUCGCGUAUAAAUCUCCGGAAGCCAUACUAUACCAGCAACUGACACCUAAAAGUGACGUCUACUGUCUUGGAAUAAUCAUUCUAGAAAUUCUAACAGGGAAGUUUCCUUCCCAAUAUCUGAACAAUCAAAAGGGUGGAACAGACCUUGUACAAUGGGUCAACUCAGCUGUUGCUGAGUCCAGAGAAGUAGAGUUGAUUGAUCCAGAGAUAGCCAAUGCAACAGGUUCCCUUGCAGAGAUGGAAAAGCUUCUCCAUCUUGGGGCUGCUUGUACUGAAAGUGAACCCGAUAAGCGAAUCGACCUGAGGGAAGCUAUAAGGAGGAUAGAACAAAUACAAGUUUGAUUGACGCAGUGAACAAAUUUUCAGGAUGGUAGAUUAGAUUAUCCAGAGGCUUUGUAGGAAGAUAUGGUUAGAGGGAAGGUGCCAAUCACCAAACGGUGAAAUGCUUUCAGUUCUUAUGCUUGUGUUUGUUUGAGCUG